AUGUCAUUUGUUAAGUCUGUUGAUGCUUCUGAUAUGAUAAAAAUUGCCGAUACCUUGUUUAAAUUGUUUUCUGAGGUUAUUGAGUGGGUUGGGUCUAGUAACAUUGUGCAUGUGGUUACUGAUAAUGCUGCGAAUUAUGUAUCUGCUGGAAAGCUCAUUCAUGAAAAAAAAAGAUCAAAUUGGAAAGAAAUUGUUCGACUAGGAGUUACACGUUUUGCUACUGUUUUCAUUACUUUGAAAAGUAUAUAUGAUCGUAAAGAAGACUUGCAAACAUUGAUGGUGGACAAAUAUUUCACUUCUCAUGAAUUAUCCAAGAGUGUCAAUGGGAAGAUGAUUAGCUCAAUUAUCUUGGAUAGUAAGUUUUGGGAGGAUUGCCUUACUACUGUGAUGAUUGUUGGUCCUCUUAUUAAGUUAUUGAGACUUGUUGAUGCUGAUGAGAAACCUUCUCUGGGAUACGUGUAUGAGGGCAUGCAAAGAGCCAAAAUUGCUAUCAAGACAAUAUUUAGAAAUAGAAAAACUGCAUACACACCUUAUACAAGUAUCUUGAAAAUGCAGUGGGAUAAGCAUUUAAAGCGUGACCUCCAUGCAGCAGCAUACUUUUUGAAUCCAGGUUUCUUCUAUAGUGAGGGGUUUGUUGAGAAGGCAAAUAUCUUGAGGUCUUUACUUGAUUUAUUUGAUAUUGAAACCCUUUACGAUGAUUCAGUUGCCGCAAUGCAAGAGAUACAGUUGUAUCGAGAUCGAAAAGAAAGUUUUGGAAGGGAAAGUGCUUUGAAAGCAAUUAAGAGACUCGAACCUGGUAGGUGA